AUGAAGGACAAUGGGACUGCAGUAAUUCCUGAAAGCCCACAAAAAGGAGGAAACUACUCCCUCACCUUAGAUGAACUCCAAUUCUUAUCACAGCUCAUAAAAUCCUUGUUGAAACUAGAAAAAGAAGUUCAAGAAUUGUUCAAAGAAAUGUUUAUAUUACUCAAGAUGCCCAGGAAUACUUCAGGAAUUUUAGAGAAAUCCAAUAGAGAAGUAAUAGAGAAACCCAGAGCAAAUGAAACCCGUAUUUAUCCAGAGCAAUUGUUACCAGUAAAAGAGGCUACAUUACUAAAUUUUGGCUGGAGGAGUGCAUUUAAAGCAGUGUCUCUUCCCGUGGCACACUGCAUAACAAUGGCCAUUGAAGAUUUUUCCACAAAAAUUCUUCAACAGGAACAAAAUGAAAGGUCUUCAGCUGUGAGCUACAACAUGAAUCCUGUAAACGUCCAGGAAGUUUGGCGAGCUGGCCACUCGUUUUCUGAGGAGGAACAACCAAAGAAAAUCGCAAAGUUUUGUUCUGACAUCAUGGAAAAACUUGACACAAUGCUUCCACUGGCUCUGGCAUGCAGAGAUGAUUCUUUUCAGGAAAUUAGAGCAAACUUUGUGGAGGCUUAUUGUAAAGUGGCAACAGCUGUCCUGGAGAGACUGCGAGACAGAGGCAAGGAGGUUCCUUCCAAAGCCCCCCUGGGAAACCUCCACGUGCUCCUCUCCUCAGCAGUGUUCGUCUUCCAGCAUUUCACGCACUAUGAUAAUUCGAUGAAAGAAGCUACUAAAAAAUCCAUAUUCCUGGUGCCUGUCCAACGGUAUCAGGAACUCAUCAGCACUCUGCAGUUUCAGGUUACGGACUACUGCGUCAGAGUUUGUGCUACAAGCAUUUUACAGGAUGCUGAGAGCCACCACUGGGACGACUACAAAGCUUUUUAUGAGGGGGAAAGAUGCUCCUUCUCAAUCCAGAUGUGGCAUUAUUUCUGCUGGGCUCUUCGUCACGAUCUCUGGACCAUUCUGCCCUGUAUGUUAGCCCAAGAGAUUCUAGCAGAAGUGCUGGAGAAGUCUUUGGGUCUACUGGCCUCCCGAUAUGCUCGGGCCCAUCCCAGUUAUAAGAGAACUCCACAGAUAAGACUUGAUGUCACAGCAAUUUUAAUAUGCACUGAGAACAUGUUAUGGUCAGUUUGUACAUCUGUACGGAAACUUUUGAAUCCUCAAGAGUAUACAGAUGAUAAAAUUUUAAAAAUUCAUAACCAUUGCAAUAACUUAUUUACCACAUUAGUCAUUUUGACUUCACCGUUAAAAGACUUAUAUAAGACUUUUCAGCAUGGUAUGGAUGAGUCUGCUUCAGAUUCCUUAAAGGCCUGUUUUAAGCAACCAUUACACUGGAUUUCUUGCAUAUCACCUUUCUACCCUACUUUACUCAGGACUCCAUCAGCUGGAGGAAUGAAAGCCCAGGGUCAGUUGAAACUGCUCUUAUCCCAGCCAGGUUGUAAUUGGAACCUUCUUCUGGAAACCCUCCUGCAUCACGAUGGUCUUUUACUGAGGAUCCUGUUGAAGAGCUCAAGUAAUUCUUUUCAAGAACAAGUUUCUAAUACAGAAAAUCAUCUGACCCAAAGACCCAGCUUGAUGGAAGCCAUCUUUAAAGUACUGUAUCAUUGCAGUUUUUCUCCACAAACAUUUGGAAGUGUUUUUCUGAGCUACAUGGAAGAAGAGCAAUUAUGGAACUUCUUAUAUAAUAUCCCAGGUAUGAGAAAUUUACCAUUUGUGAAAGAAGUGUUUUAUAGAUACCUACAUAUGCCUUUAAAGAUAUUUAGAAGUUUUAUUGAUAUCAAUUUUGCUGAAUUUGUUCUUUGUAAAAGUUUGCCUUAAAUUCUUUCAUUAUAA